GCCGAUGACAGUUCAAAAUGAGCAGCCAAAAGAUUGGGAUCGUGGGCAGUGGAUUGAUAGGCAGGGCCUGGGCCAUGCUCUUUGCAGCAGCCGGCUAUCGUGUCCAGCUUUAUGACAUCCUGGAGAGUCAGCUAUCCACGGCACUGCAGGAAUUAGACAAGGAUCUGCACAGUCUGGAGGAGAAGGGUUCGCUGAGGGGAAAGAUAAGAGCUUCGGAACAGUUUGCCCUUAUCGGGGUCACGACUAGACUGGAGGAGCUGACCAGAGAUGCGGUGCACAUACAAGAGUGUGUUCCAGAGAUUCUGCACCUGAAGAAGUCUUUGUACUCCCAGUUGGAUGAGUUGGUGGAGGAGCAGACGGUGGUGGCAAGUUCCACGAGCACGUUUAUGCCUUCGCUAUAUAGCGAGGGACUCAAGAGGAGGCAACAGAUGUUGGUGGCCCAUCCGCUAAAUCCCCCGUACUUCAUACCCCUAGUGGAGAUUGUACCUGCUCCCUGGACAUCCCCAAAGGCCGUGGAGCAAACCCACGCGCUCAUGCUAAGCUUGGGUCAACGUCCGGUUACCCUAAAGAGAGAGAUUGAGGGUUUUGCUACCAACCGGAUCCAGUAUGCCAUUCUAAAUGAAGUGUGGCGUUUGGUAGGUUCCGGCAUACUCAGCGUGGCGGAUGUGGAUCGAGUUCUGAGUCAGGGAUUGGGACUGCGAUACGCCCUGCUUGGUUCCCUAGAGACAGCCCAUCUAAAUGCUCCUGGUGGCGUGGCCGACUAUUUCCAGCGAUUCGGUGGGGAAAUUUCCGCAGUAAGUGCCACCUAUGGAGAAACCCCAAAUACUCAAGAGGAUCGGGUAACCCUGGAGGAGAUUGCACGGCAGUGUGAGCAGCUUGUGCCCUUGCAAAAUCUCAAUGAAAGACGGGCCACUCGCGAUGAAUUCCUCACCCAGUUGGCCAAACUAAAGAAGCAGUUUGAAUAGGAUAUUAAUUGCUGGGCUUGUGUGAUGUUCCUUGAAUAAACUGAGAAUCAACUAAA